AUUACUCAAGUCCGAAAUGCGACCAAGUUAUUUUUUCUAGUUACACACCAUCCGCUACGAGCCGCCACUGGCUUCAAUACAGAACUGAGAACGUAAUAUUCUUAUCUGGCGUACAGGUUACCGUGACCAAUGAGAAUGUCAUCUGAGUCAACGAUAGAUCAGACAUACUAGUGAAACCAAUCGACUCAUUUUUACAUUUUUUUCCUACGUAACUGAAAAGAGCAAACUUGUUCGCUUUGAUGGAUACUGGAAAACAAGCUUGAAGUUUUUCUCCCGCCAAAUCUCCAUUGACAUCGUUUUGUAUUAGGCGCUUUAAUUUUAUCGGUUUAUGUAGAUAGUGCCGUUUCGUAAUUAAUCAAAGAAAUGGACGUUAAUGCCGCACAAACAGGUCGGUUACAAGUGCGCGAUGAGAUUGGGGUCAAGUGUCAAAAAUUGUUUCAAGAUUUCCUGGAGGAAUAUAAGGAAGAUGGGGAGAUCAAAUAUUUGGAGCCAGCUAAACAACUCAUCAGCCCAGAGCGCUGUACAUUAGAGAUAUCGUUUGAUGAUAUAGAAACGUACAAUCAAGUUCUAGCUGGAACCAUAAUAGAGGAAUACUACAGGAUAUAUCCAUUCUUAUGUCAAGCAGUAUGCAACUUUGUCAAAGAUAUAGGGGAGUUGGAAAAGAGUAAGGAAUGUUAUGUUAGUUUUGUCGAUGUACCUGGUAGAUUUAAGCUGAGAGAUCUGAACACAUCACGAUUGGGUACUUUGACUCGUAUAUCUGGACAAGUGGUGAGAACGCAUCCAGUUCAUCCCGAGUUGGUUCUUGGUACUUUUAUUUGUAUGGACUGUAACGCGUACAUUAAAAAUGUGGAGCAACAGUUUAAGUUCACGAAUCCGACAAUCUGCUCUAAUCCGGUAUGUAGCAACAGACGUCGUUUUUUACUGGAUGUGGAUAACUCGAUAUUUAUAGACUUUCAAAAAGUAAGGAUACAAGAAACGCAAGCUGAACUUCCUAGAGGAGCCAUACCUCGUUCUGUUGAAGUUAUUCUAAGAGCAGAGAUGGUCGAAUUUGUACAAGCUGGCGACAGAUACGACUUCUAUGGGACUCUCAUAGUCGUUCCAGACGUGGGAGCAUUGUCUCUGCCAAACGCCAAGGCAGAAAUUAGACCGAGAAACAGGAACAAUGAGCAAAGAGAGGGAGUAAGUGGCCUCAAGACACUCGGUGUCAGGGAAUUAACAUACAAAACGGCAUUCCUCGCUUGCAAUGUUACUGCUACGAGCUUGAGAUUUGGAGGCACAGAUAUGGCGAUGGAAGAAAUCUCGCAGGAAAUGAUGAAGAAACAAAUGUCGGAGGCGGAGUGGAAUCGCAUAUACGAGAUGAGCCGGGACAAAAAAUUAUACGAGAACCUAGUUACUAGUAUGUUCCCGGCGAUCUACGGUAACGACGAGAUUAAAAAGGGAAUUAUCCUCAUGUUCUUCGGCGGUGUGCCCAAGACCACGGAAGAAGGCACAUCUCUACGGGGGGACGUCAAUGUUUGCAUCGUCGGCGAUCCCAGUACCGCCAAGUCACAGUUUCUCAAGUGCGUGGCCGACAUCUCACCCCGGGCGGUUUACACGUCCGGGAAAGCGUCGAGCGCGGCCGGCUUAACGGCCGCGGUGGUGCGAGACGAGGAGUCCGCAGACUUUGUCAUCGAGGCUGGCGCGUUGAUGCUCGCGGAUCACGGUAUCUGUUGCAUCGACGAAUUCGACAAGAUGGACUUGAAGGACCAGGUCGCGAUUCACGAAGCUAUGGAGCAGCAGACGAUCUCGAUAGCCAAGGCGGGUGUAAGGGCGACCCUAAAUGCUCGGACAUCCAUAUUAGCGGCGGCGAAUCCCAUCGGCGGCCGAUACGACCGGAGGAAGUCGCUGCAGCAGAAUGUGCAGUUAACCGCACCGAUCAUGUCGAGAUUUGACUUGUUCUUCGUCGUGCUGGACGAAUGUAACGAAAUCGUCGACAGCGGGAUCGCCAAUAGGAUCAUCAACUUGCAUUGCGACAAUCUGGACAAUCUUGAGAUAGUGUACAAGCAAGAGGAGAUCAUCAGAUACAUAAAUUUCGCCAAGCAUUUUAAACCUGUUCUAAAUCAGGAAGCUGCCGAGCUUCUGGUGAACAAUUACACGGCUCUCAGACAGAGAACCGGUAGCGGAAGCGGCAAGUGGAGGGUGACCGUGAGACAGUUAGAGAGCAUGGUUAGAUUGUCCGAAGCGCUGGCGAAACUCGAAUGCGUGGACGAAGUGACGGUGAAGCACGUGAGAGAAGCGAAGCGAUUGUUACAGAAGAGCAUAAUUACGGUGGAACAGCCUGAUGUGGAUCUCGAAGAGGGCAUGGACAACGUGAAUGCAGAGGCGGACGUCGACGAAGCACCGCCGCUCAUGGAGGCUCUUAACGCGAUAGGCAAUAACGAUGCACCGCCUCCGACUCCCGGCGACGAAACGUACGAGCCGCCGAAGAAGAAAUUAACGAUGUCCUUCGAGGUGUACAAAAACUUGUCGAACAUGUUGAUUCUUUACAUGAGAAGCGAGGAGAGUCGUGCCGAAAGCGAAGAUGACAAUAAGGGCGGUAUACGGAAGUCCGAAUUGGUGGCAUGGUACCUCGAUCAGAUACAAGAACAAAUCGAUUCGGAGGAAGAGUUGAUGGACCGGAAAAACUUCAUCGAGAAGCUUAUCGACAGAUUAAUAUACAAUGAUCAAAUUAUAAUACCUCUGACGACGACUGACUUGAGGAAAAGAGGUACAGAAGACGAGGAAGACGAGGAGGAUCCUUUGCUCGUUGUUCAUCCCAAUUACGUCAUGGAUAUGUAAUCUUACGCAUUGUAUAUGCAUUAUGUUAAUGUUGCGAUAAUUGAAGUGCCUUGACGAAGAAAGACGAUCUACGAACUUUGCAGGAAACUAUAUAUAUGUACCAAUGUCAAUUUAAUGUCAAUUUUUUAUUUAAAUUCUGUAGAUUCUAUAAGAUUUUUUCAACUACCGUGACAGAGAUUCAAGUAAAUAAUCACAUAGUAAAUUAUCAAACAUUCAACGUAAACAUAAUUUUUUUAAUACUCUGCUCUU